AGUCGCCGUACACUAGGCAGGAAGAGAAAUGUCAAACUUUGGGAAACUGGUGUCGCUGUCUGCCGCUGUGUCAGGUGUCCUGGGUUUGCUGACGGGGAAUGCAACUGUCCUGGCCGCUAGAGAGGUCAAGGAGAAACUGGCAGCUCUGAGUCUCAGUAUUGAAGAGCUCCCGUCCCUCUACACUACUCCAGAGCCGCAGCUCAAGUAUGUGGAGUCAGAGGCGGGGCCAGUGGAACAGGGUGUGGCCGAGCUGAGGAAAUGGGCCGAGCCUUUCACCGACCAGUGUCAGGAAACGGGUCUGGUUGCCCUGGAGAAAGCAGAGGAAGUCUACAGGACUGUAGAGCCCACUGUGAGCACCUCCAUCAGGACAGUGAGAGAGACGUACGAGUUCCUCAAAGAUCCUCCUCCUGACCUCUAUCCCAGUGUCGGGGUGGUUGGCUUCUCUGGCUUCCUAGGACUUUACCUGGCCAAAGGUUCCAGGGUGAAGAGGCUGGUGUUUCCUGUAGGGUUGAUGGCUCUCAGUGCUUCCAUGUUCUACCCCCAACAGGCUGCCUCCUUAGCCAAGGUGAGCUGGUAUUCUAUGUAUAGCUGGAGUCAGCAGGGUCGGGAUGCUGGGAAGACGCUCUGGAAGGACCUGCCGUUUGGCAAGGGCAAGGCAGGUUAAGAAGACCGAGGACAAGAGCAUUCCUAGCUGAGACAGAGAAAGCCUGGCAAGACACAUAACCUGGCUGAGGGGGGGUCAAGUGCAGGUGCUGGUUUAAUUGUUUGUUUUAGUAUUCUAGUAUUCUUUCUAACAAAGAUAUCUGCAUAUAUUUCAGGAUGUUGUGUAUCCCUGGAAAUAAUAUGAUUCAUGUAAACAGUUUGAAAACAUAGUUGUCAAAAAAAGUGGUCUCUUGGCAUAAUUGACCUGGGAAUGAGGCAAAAUUGAUGCGCGGAACAGGGUAAAUUAAGCCGCCUACCAAUUUCUGUACUGGAUGAAAUAUUACCACUACCUUUUUAAAACCAUGUAUAUCUUUAUUUCCCAAACACAAUUCAACACAAUCGCUUUUGUCUUUUAAGCAACACUUUGUACUUUUUUUUUUUAACACUUCGAAGCCAGUUCCACUGCAUUUUUUUCAUUGUUCCCCUCUAAUCAGGGACUGAUUUAGAU